CAGGAGGUUAGAAGAAGUUGUGAAAAACCUAAAGUAGAUGGUGAAAUUUUAAAGAAAGAAGAAAAUAAGUUUGAAGUUGAGAGUGGUGAUAUUAAUUUAGUUGUAUUAAGAAAGAGAUUUGUAGAAG